AUGGAGUUUCCAGAUCCCGCUCCAAGUCCACCAGCCGCGGGUGCCUCUUCUGACUCGGAGGAUACUACCGUGUCCGACUGGGAUUCAGAACCAGAAUCCCCACGCCCUGCGUCAAUAGUCCAUGAGGAAGAAACCAAUGAUUCUCCAGACCCGAUCUUCAUCAGCAUUGCGAGCCUCAGUGGCGAGCUUGCCUCGUUGCACUACCAGCAAGGCACGCCCACAAGACGAGAAAUUGAGUUCUCUUGGGCGGCCAACGCCAUCGUCGGAGAGGCGGCUACUAUCAAGGGAAUUUGGACUUUGGCAAAUAAUCUGCUUCAAGUGGCCUUGGGAGCUAUAAAUUCGCGGAGAAAUAUUGCGGUAAACCAGGUUGACUCUUUGAGCUUUUGGUUCCUGAAAAUCGAACUGACGCCUAAAAUAGUCUCCCAAGCCGGCACUCAUCUUCGCGGCCUGCGAUAUUGGCGGGACGAUCCUAAAACAAGUGAGAUGAAGAUACCUGACGAUGGGUCUGACCCUCAAGUCCCGGAGGUCCAUCAAAUAUUCUUUGGGUCCCCUCACAGAGAGUCAGACUGUUGUUCUUGGGAGGCCAUGUUAUCACACCUCAUCCUCACACAGCAUAAAGGUUGCCCUGGCUCCUGGAUUCCUAGCAUUGUCAGUCAAUUGUCGAGCUUCCAUAAGGACCUGACGGACAAAUUCAUUGCUUUCAUUGAGCAAUACAAAAUCAGCAUAAUCAGUCAUUACCAAGUGAGCUCAAAGUCGGAUGAAAAUGAAAUGCUGGCCAAGAAACUCAAUGCGACGCUUGACGUACACGGUGAGAUUCAGAUUGGCCUUCCAAGAGGCGACAACACGCUGUUCAAUGUCUACGCACACGAGCAUCAGACUCUCAUUGCCAGUAGGGUUGAAAACGCCAAGGCCAGCUCACGCAAAGACUAUCAAGAAUGGCUCCGGCUUCUCACUCGAUUCGGCCUAGACAUUCCUGUGCGACAGGGUUCGAAGCCUGCAUACAAAAACCUAUGUGAUUGGAUCCUUUCAGAUGCCGGACUGGCUUCGUGGGCAGAUAAGGCCACGGGGGCUAGCAAGGAGACGGGGGCUGCUGUAAUAAAGAGCCAUGAACAACAGAGUCUACAAGACCCAGACUCAGAGGUUUCGAAUGAUCCAAAGACAGGGGAGGUCCCGAAACGCAGCCAACACGCCGUGGCCAGGACCAUGACAACACUAGAGAUUGGAGGGUGUAUUCGAGACGCCACCAUUCUCACAAGUUCCCUUAUUUCCUCACUCCGGGAGCGGCAGAGCUGGCCAAUGGACAUGUUCCUGACUCUGGCACAUCACAAGCCGCGCCCUUUUCCGCUGACAAAAGCACAGCUUAUGGCAUGUGUUUGCCGGCAACUACUGACAGGGCAUCCCAGCCUUUGUGUCGAAAUCCAGCCACUGCUGGCGGAUGCACGAAACGCUCUCGACAGCCACAACAUUGCCUGGAUAGAGACCACAUUGUGGACAUGUCUCGCGGCGCUUCUUGGCGGACAGGUCCUAGGCCAGCCGUUUCUCAUCGUCCAUCAGCCGGCCGAGCCUGAUUUCGCCUCGCCCUUUUUGCAACUUAUUGCCGACCUUGCUGGCUUGGUCCAAACAACAGAAAUUUCAGUCAAGAUCCUGGUCGUGCGGAAUGUGGCCUCUUGUCCGGACACAACGCCCGACGCCAGCACCUGUAUAAAUCCCAAUACGGCCCGAGAUGGGGCCUCCUCCUCUAGUUCGACUGUUUGCCAUGUGCAAAAACAUGCUAACCGCGUCAUUAUUCGAAAAAUAAUAGAUCCUGGCGAUGCUGACGUUUUAAAAGCUCUUGAAAUGGACUACGACGCAUGUUUCGAGCGUCUAGGUCCAGAGAGGGCUCAGGUUCUUUCUCGAAAAGAUGGCAUGGAAUUUUUGGCAGCGUCCACGGAUCUGGGGGCUAUGCGGUACUUGUUUGCUGUGCUGGAACAACAUUCCUUCCUGUCUUUGCAGUCGGUCAGAAAAUCCCUGUUUUCGGCAAUCAGUCAGGACGUCGUCACGGCCAUACUGAAUCUGGUACCCAAAUCCGUGGAAAGCGUGGUAAGAACGGGGAUUCUAUGGAUCACCCACGCCCUGCGGCCACUUACAUGUGCCGAAUUCGCGACGGCACUUGGGAUGGGGGCAGACGACGUCGUUGGCGACGGUUUUAGCACAAUCACCGUCUCAGAAUUCGAAAGACUGUUGUGCGGACUUGUUGAGGUUGAGGACGGCACCGUUUACCUGGCCAGUUCCCUGCUUACUCAGCACCUUCUCCAACAGACGUCUGGUCAUACCAAGGACUCGUCGCAUUUUCUCGACCUCAAGCCUGCUUGUAGUCCAGACAUUGCCCUCAGUUGCCGCAGAUACAUCCUUCAUCACUACCGGAGCGGGCAGCCCGAACAAGCAUCGGAAGAGUCAGAAGGGGGGGCUAGCGAAGCCCAGGGCUUUUCUGAUAAUGCUCCCGGUGACGUGGCGGCCGGGCAAUUGGACUCGGGGCCCCUGAUGUCCUACGCUGUCGAGCAUUGGUUCACGCAUCUACGGUUGAAAGACUACUCGUCUGGAGAUACGAAAUUGGAGGAUGAAUUUGUCUGUGACGGAGGUCUGGUCCAUUGCUGCCUGCGGCUUCGAAGUUCUGGACGCGCCUUUCAGCCACCCGAGUCAAAUCAACAGGCGGUGCCCAGCAUCGUCCAGAUCCGAGACCGACUGCAUGUAGAAUGUGCCGAAGCCAUCAGCCUCGCACUGCAUGCAUCUGAUAUAGAAUGCGCACCCGACCAGGGGAAGUGUCCAUCCACAGUGGCCCUGGCUGCGUGUCAGAUGGGAAUCGCCAGCACUCUACACCAACUUGAUCAAUGCGGCGACUUUGGCGACGAGUGUACCCUGAAGAGAGCUUUCCAGAUAGGGUCCGACUCGUCCCUGUGUAUACUAGCAGACAGGUACAGCGAGUUCGUCAAGAAGAAUGCGCACGAGAUUCUCCAGGAUGCAGUCCGGCUCGGAAAUUCCGGCCUGAUAAUGCAUUUGAUGAACAAGCCCGAUUUAUGGGCCGACUCGGACUCUGGACAAUAUCAUCAACCUCUCCUACACGUCAUUGCAGCACUGGGUGGUUCGCUUCCACCGCAGGCAUUAUGGGAGCGGCAGGAGCAAUAUAUUAGCCACGCCUCCGAGCAAUAUCAGGAGAAAACGCCUCUCCAUCUUGCUUCCCUGUCCGGUCAAGAGAGUCUAGUGUCCAAGAUCCUAUCCAAGCUUAGCGAGUCCGAAGCAGCCAAGGCGUCGCUCAACAUGAGAGACUUGAUGGGCGCCACCCCGUUGUUCCUCGCCAGCCAGCGCGGACGAUUCACCGUGGUGCGGCAGCUUCUCACUGCAGGCGCCGAUCACUCUGUGUGCGACAACCAGGAGCAAAGUCCGCUGCACGUAGCCUGUCGCAACGGCCAUUGGAACAUUGCCGAGACGCUUCUUGUCUGGGGGGCAUCGCCGAAUGCUAAGGACAGCGCUGGCCGAACUCCGCUGCAUCUGGCGUUGGAGAACAAUCACCUCGGAAUCGCCGUGAUGCUUCUUGGAGACACCACAUCCGCUCCGACUCAUGAGAGGGAUUUUGAUGUGAAUUCUCACGCAUCUGACGGCUCAACUGCGCUCAUUAUUGCGACCAAGGGUAACCAUCUGAACAUGGUCCGGAUUCUUGUAGGUCGCGGUGCCAGUGUAAUAUGGCGUGACGGAAACGGCCGGGACGCUCUGCAGUAUGCGGCGCAGUACGGCCACGACCAAGUUUUACACGAGCUCCUGGAGGCGGCAAAAGUGGUGGGCAGCGACGACGUAUACCAAGCGAAUCCCUCCCUUCUCUCGCUGUCGGCUCUUGCGGGCCAUGUCCAGGUCAUCAAGAUGCUGCUGGACAGAGGCUUCAGGGACACGGAUGCGCUGGUUCUGGCUUGCGAGUACGGACAGACUGCGGCGGUAAAGGUCCUUGCGCCUUACUCGUCCUCAGCCAGUCGAAAUGCUGGCUACUUGGAAGCUGCCUCAUUUCACAGGCAAGACACGGUCAAGACAAUACUCGCCGCCGGCGCAGACAUAGAUACCAAGUCCUCAUUAAACCUCACGGCAUUACACCACGUUGCCUUUAGCUCCAACCCGAGGUUGGUGCAGCUUCUGGUCAGCAGAGGUGCCAAGCUUGAUGUUACAGACAUCACCAAGAGCACUCCCCUUCACUAUGCCGCAGGACAGUGCUCUGUAGAAUGUCUCAAGAUACUGGUCGAGGCCGGGGCCGGCCUAAAUGUCGAGAACGAAAAGGGGGCCACUCCGCUCUACCUGGCUGCCACAGCUGGCAGUGAGGACGGCGUCGGCAUUUUGCUUGCCGCCAAGUCAUCUUUCACUGUGCCGCGGCCCGUUGCAGGUGAGUAUUCCACAUUUCUCGACCUGGCGCUGGCCACCUUCAAGCUGGACGUGUUCCGGCUAAUUGUGAAGCACGCCACCGACAUCUCGGGGCCGGGGCUCUGCAUGUCUCCCGAAGCGUUGUUCCUGUUCCUGCAUGGGCAAAACGAGAAGGGCUAG